AUUCAUAUAAUCUCUCUCUUCACACUUCUUAACUGUAAAAAAAAAACCCAAAUCUCAGAAUGGUCGCCGGCGCCGGAGCUCAGUUAAGUUUCCGAACAGCUACCGGAAUGGGGAUCUUCUUCUCCGAUCAAACUAGUAAUGUCACUCCUUCGAUGAUGAUCACUUCAUCAUCAUCAUCUUCUUCUUCUAGUUGUUCGUUUCAGUUGGCUUUUCGUACCAAACGGUGUCGUUUUCGUUACAACAGAAACCCUAUUCUCAUUCUCUGUAAAUCUUCUUCUUCUUCCUCUGGCUCUAGAUCUACUAAUAAUGGCGGUGGUGGUGGUGGUGAUCCUGAUCGGGAUGAUUAUGUUGAAGCUUCCUUACUCCUUUCAGAAACCUUGUCGCACCACCGUAUGCGGAGGCGUGGUUUUAAGGAAGAUACAUGGCGACCUUCGCAACAAUCGAGUCUUCCUAAAAAGUUUCCUUUUUCUGUUCAGAGGAAGGAAUUCCGACCUGAUUUUAAUCUCAUUAGCCAAAGCUUUCUUAAUCGGUUUCAAAAUCCAACUUUAUUUCUAAAGAUUUCUUGUGAUGGUGACUUUUUGCUCCCAAUUGUUGUAGGUGAGUUUGCUAUUGAGAAACUGGUAGAUUCUACCUGGGUAGAUGGAAAAGAGAAUUCUCCAAACCAGUUUCAAUUUAUGAGAAAUCUUGUGGAGAAGCUUGGUUAUGAAGUAAAUAUGGUAAAAAUUACAGAAAGAGUGGUCAAUACUUACUUUGCCAGAUUAUAUUUUAGUAAGCCAGGGGAAAAGGACAUUCUUAGUGUGGAUGCUCGUCCCUCUGAUGCCAUAAAUGUGGCACAUAGAUGCAAGGCACCCAUAUAUGUAAAUAAACAUAUUGUGGUAACAGAUGCUAUUAGAAUUAGCUAUGGAAUGGGCAGAGUGCGUGAUACAAAAUCUAUUUAUGAUGUAUCUCUUGACAGUGCUGUAGAGGGUCCUGAUUUUUUAUCUCAGGAACUUGUUUUGGUGAAGAAUAUUGACUUAGCUGUCAAAGAGGAAAGAUACAAAGAUGCAGCUAUGUGGAAAGACAAAUUAUUGCAAUUUCGAAAGUCAAUUCACAGCUAGACAUAUUCGCCUAUUGCUUGUCCAUUGUUCAGAUGUGUAUGCCUUCUAAACCCUUUGGUGUAUCGUUUGACUGGAAACCACUCUAAGUGGAUGGAACUCCUGCAUAAAGAGAUUUCAACUAUGUACAGCUACUUAAGUUAUAUAUUUAUAUAUUAGUUAUUAUAUAGGGCAAUAUGUACAUGUGAAAGCAUAUAGUUCAGUUCAGGUCAAUUUUAUUGUCCUCUUACCAUAAAAUUUAUAUCUAUAGUGAUGUGUGACAAGAAAGAACUACCUUGUUUUCAUUUAUACUAUUCUAUUCUGAAUCUAAUACAGAGCUUUCUUUGUAAAUAUUACUUUUUAUUCUAUAACAAUGGUUGUUCUUUUAA